AUGCCCAGCACAGGGCUCAAAACCAAGACCAAGCGGGUUUCCGCUCGGUCACCGUUCGAAAACACCGCCGCCGCGACCCAUUCCGCGGACGAGGAUAUCGACAUGGAUGAUGAAACGAGCUCCGACGAGGAAAGUGUUCCUGAAAAGGACGAGGAUGAAUUGAAGCUGGAAAAGAUGCUUUUCGGUGACGACGAUGGAUUCAUGGGUGCACUCAAGGCCCAGCAGCAACGGGAAAAUGGAAUGCGACUUGCCGUCCUGAGCGAUGAGAGUGCCGACGAGGAGGGAGAGGACGAGGAAGUUGAUCUGACUAACAUGGCCGAUGAGGAUCUUUUCUUCCUCGACUCUGGCAAUGUGCAGACCUCUACCGAUCUUGACGAAAUGGCGGAGACGCCCUCUGACGAGGAAGCGGAUGAAGAAGAUGAUGAUGAUGUUGUGCCUGCGGUCUGGCACGACAGCGAUGACGAGCGCAUUGCGGUAUCUCUUGCGAGCCAGUCCAAGCUGCGCAAGCUUCGCAAUUUCGAAUCAGAGGACAUUAUUAGCGGUACCGAAUAUACACGACGACUGCGCAGACAGUUUCAGCGCAUGAACCCACUGCCGGAGUGGGCGGACCCUGAACUUGCCGCUAAGCGUCGCAGGGUCGACUCGGACGAUUCGGACAUGGAGAGAGACGAGGAAAUGGAUUCUGAUGAGGAUGAGUCAUUGGCCGCCCAGCCGCUCGCCAAGCUCCUCCAGAAUACCUCUGAUCUGACUCGAAUUGAGGAUAACAAGCCUGGCAGUAAGCGCAGACUCCGACAGGAGGUGGUCAAUAUCCAGCGAUUGAAAGACGUUGGCAAGGCGCAACCGUCGUCCAUCGACUCUCUCAUGUUCCACCCACACUAUCCCCUUCUUCUCUCCUCGGGACCCGCCUCUACGCUCUUCCUGCAUCACAUCUCCCCUUCUGCACCCUCGCCUAACCCCCUCCUUACAUCCCUCCACAUCAAGCGCACUCCUCUCCACACGUCGGCGUUUGCGCCUUCCGGCGGAAAUCGAAUCUUCGCCUCCGGCCGUCGCCGAUAUUUCCACAUUUGGGAUCUUGACACCGGCAAAGUCGACAAAGUCAACGGCUCCGCAGACCGCAAGGCAGAGCAAAAAUCGAUGGAACGUUUCAAGAUCUCCCUGCGGACGCUACGUCGGCUUGUUCGCGUCGAUGGUCGUGGCGGUGUAGCGGAUUUCGCCUGGUGGUCGGACGGCGAGGGUAUGACGGUGGCCAGCAAGAACGGCGAAGUGUCCGAAUGGGACGGCCGCCAGCGGAGAAUCAUCGCCCGUUGGCUGGAUGCCGGCGCAGUUGGCAACACGGUUAUUGCACUGGGUGGUCGUAGCGGCCGGACUGAGCUCGGCGGAGAUCGCUGGGUAGCUAUCGGUAGCACCAGCGGCAUCGUCAACAUCUACGAUCGUCGCGACUGGGCCGCCGCGGCCUCGUCUGCACAAGGCGAUGACUCGACACAGGCGGGUGUGCCGCGAAGCCCGACACCUAUCCGAGUAUUCGAUCAGCUCACCACACCCGUGAGCCAUUUGGUAUUCGCACCAGACGGCCAGAUGAUGGUCAUGGCCAGCCGAUGGAAAAAGGACGCUCUUCGUCUUGUGCAUCUCCCCUCAUGUACCGUCUACCGCAACUGGCCCACGUCGAGCACACCACUGGGCCGUAUCUCAUCCGUCGCCAUUUCUCCCAAUAACGAGCAAUUGGCCGUGGCCAACGAGCAAGGCCGUAUCCGUUUGUUUGAAAUCAGGGGUUAG